GAAACUAUAACCAAUCAUUUCAGUAAUAGUUGACAGUUAUGUGAACGUAUGGCUACCGUCGUUAAAAGUAUCGAUAAAAAAUUUUCAUCGAAAUAUCAACAAUUCUAUUAUUUUUAUUGUAUCCUCCUCGUGUUAGUUCAACAAUUCAAUUAAGAAACCAAAAUAAAAAAUGGGUGCUUUAGCAGAAGUUGCUGGUGAUGAAAAUAGCGGCGAAGGCUCACGCACAUUUGUGUUCCAAAACGAGGGGCAUACUUUGGGCAAUGCUCUGAAAACAAUCAUUAGCAGAUAUCCAGAUGUUGAUUUUUGCGGUUACACUAUUCCUCAUCCAACCGAAAGCAAAAUGCAUUUUCGCAUACAAUCAAAUCAAAAUAGAGCUAUUGACAUUUUAAAACGAGGCUUAGAUGAUUUAGAAUCCCUUUGUGAUCAUACCAUCAGCACGUUCGAGUCGGAAGUUAAAACGUAUAUUGAAACAAAUAAUAAGUCUGUGCCAACUCGAUAAUCGAUUAUAUUAACGGGAACAGUGGAAUUGUUUACAACAGGUCUUCACGUACACAAUUUAUCUAAUUGAAUCCCUAAAUGUACUGUAUUUUCCAUAGCUUUUGUACAACAUUUUUAGUUCUCAAUUAGUAAUACAUCUACGAAUUAGCUCACGGGUUUGGUUCACUUAGUAUUAUUAUCGGUAGAGGACAGUAAUUGUUUCUUUUUUUGUAAUAUUUUUCAGAUAUAUUUUUUAGAUAAAAAUUUAAAUUUCGGUGAAGCAUUUUGUUUCAAGUGCGAUUAUAUUACCAUUAGCAAGGGAAAGUAUUUCUCGAUUCCCACAACAGCCGGUUCUAUGUUAUCGGAAUAGAACCGGAUUUUAUCCAAGCAAAGGCCGCAAUUUCGGCGAUCUAACAACGUUUGGAUCGAUAUAAAAAAUUAAGUAUUUUAAUAUUUUUACGAAUAUAUUUUAAAAUUAAACUAACUAUAAAGUUUUUAAUAUCGCAUAAGCAAUUUACCAAUUCGCUGACAGCUUAAGGAUAACAAAGAGAUUUGACACUUGCCUAUUACACCACACUAAACUCUAUGAGAUCUAAUUGGUAUCUAACUUUUAUAUAAUUUUAUUAAAACCUUGAAAAUAAGUAAUGUAAUACCUGAGUUAUAUUUAAAUAAACAUUUUGAAUUACUUGAAUGAGAUAAUGGUAAGGAAUAGUAAUACAAGCAAUAAUUUAUAUAUGCUGUUAUUUCCCAGAAAGUUUUAUUACUCCAUUUUUCAGUAUGGUUUUAAUUAAAAGAAAUGAUUUGCAA